AUGGACUUUAACUUUCUAUGGGAGAUACCGCCAGUAACAAGGCUGCUGCUGUGUCUUAGUGUGAUCUCGGUUGUGCUAGUUUCAUUCGGCCUCGUCCACCCACUGCAGAUGAUUUUCAGUCCUACCCUCGCGUUCCAAGAAAAGCAUUAUUGGCGGCUGGUCUCAACAUUCUUUUACUUUGGCCCUCUCAACCUGAGUAGUAUUAUCGAGUUACACUGGUUAUAUAUGGUGAGCAGCAGCAUUGAAUUGCAGUACUUCCACCGACGGCGUCUAGACUACUGCCUGACCCUCUUUACUGGGGCAGGGCUUUUACUUUUCCUCAGAAGCACUCGUGCGAUAGAAACACCAUACCUCAGUAACCAGUUUUCGAAGACGCUGGUGUAUCUCUUUGGGCGGCUGCUGCCUCAUCAGGAGGCGAGCAUUUUUGGUCUUUUGACGGUGCAGGUGCGAUACCUCCCCCUUGUAUUCCUUCUGAUGAGCGUUAUGUUCGGUGAAGUUGGUAUUGGUACUGAAGUGAUGGCUGAUUUGGUGGGCCACAUCCUGUGGUACCUACUGGAAAUAUUUCCACGCAUUACGAAGAUUCAUCCCCUGCGCGUACAGCGCUACUUCAUACGGUAG